AUGGCAGCCCCUGCGGCCAACGGCGACGCGCCCUCGACUCUCGACGACCUCAAGCCGCCGGCCGGAGUCGUCUUGCCCCCGCGCGACAUUCGCAACGUGCUCGAGAAGACGGCCGGCUACGUUGCGCGAAACGGCGCCGUCUUCGAGGACCGCAUCCGUGACAAGGAGAGCCAGAAUCCAAAGUUCAGCUUCCUCAGCCCUGCCGACGCCUACUACCCAUUCUACCAAUGGCGUCUCAGCGAGAUCAAGGCCGGCCGCGGCACCGACAUUGCCGCUGGCCGAGCCGGCGAGGCUCCCAAGCCCGAGAAGCCAAAGGGGCCGCCCGCUCCCCCCGAGCUCGAGUUCUCGGCCAAGAUGCCGCGUAUCAACCAAAAGGACCUCGACGCUCUUAAGCUGACGGCGCAGUACACUGCUCAGUUUGGGCGCCAGUGGAUGACCCAGUUGGCCCAGCGCGAGACGGGCAAUCCCCAGUUUCAGUUUCUGAUUCCCAACCACACCUUUCACAACUUCUUCCAGCACAUGGUGGAGCAGUACUCCAAGGUCCUGAAAUACUACGGCGCCUCGCAGCUGAGAGACGAGAUGCUUGCCGCCGUCACGGCCAACGCCGACAACCCGUACCAGCUCCUCGAGCGAGCCAGACAGCGCGCCCAGUACUCCCUGUACCAGGAGGCGGAGAAGCAGAAGAAGGAAGAGGACGAGCAGCAGAAAAAGGUUGAGUUUUCGCGCAUUGACUGGGGCGACUUUGUCGUCGUCGAGACCAUCACCUUUUCCGACGCCGAUGAGACGGCCAACCUGCCGCCCCCGACCAGCCUGUCGGAACUGGAGUAUGCCUCUCUCGAGGACAGAAACAAGGCCUCCAUCAACCCCAACUUCCGCAUCGAGGAGGCCAUGCCCAACGAGGACCUCGACAUGCCUGCCGCCCAGCAGUCCUCGCAUCUGCUGGCCCCCCGCCCUGGCUCCGCCACCCAGCAACCGGCACCGCUUUCCCCGGCCUACUAUCAGCCCGGCCAGGCGCCGCCGCCGCCUCUGUAUCCUAUGAACCCUCAGCAGCCUGAGAGGGUGGUUCAAGAAGAGGAAGAGACGCGCCGCAUCCAGGAGAGAGCCGACGCACAGGCUCGCGUGCACCAGGCACAGGCCGAAGCCAGAGGCGGCGCCGCUCCCAUGAAGAUCAGGGAGAACUACGUGCCCCGGGCCGCGCAGCGAGCCGCGUCCAGGCAGGGGGCGCAAAUGGCACUGUGCCCCAACUGCAAGCAGCACAUUCCCAUGAAUGAGCUAGAUGCCCACAUGCGAAUCGAGCUUUUGGACCCGAGCUGGAAGGAACAGAAGGCCAAAGCGGAUUCUCGCUACGCGCACUCCAAUAUUUCCCACGCCGACGUGGCCAACAACCUGAAGCGCCUGGCGAGCCAGCGAAGCGACGUGUUCGACCCCGUCACCGGCCAGGCCCUUGGCGAGGACGAGCUCGCGCGACGGAAGAAGGCUGCCAUGAACAGCUUCGACGGCAACCCCGAAGGCAAGAGCCAGGCUCACAUGAAUCAUUUGCAGAGUUUCAACGUGGAAGAGCAAAUUCGAGCGAUCCACCAGAAAUUUUCAGACAAGAAGUAA